AUGUACGAACAACGCCGCUCGAGUGUUGCACUCCCUGGCCUGCCACCCGGGGCUCAGCCGCCCGUAAUCGGUCAAACAAGUUCCGCAGCCCAUGCAUUUCCGGCAUCGACAGCUUAUAACUUCGAAGUCACACCCCCUAUGUCAGGUCAAGAGCCCUUGCCAAACCCCUGGGACGCACCUUUCACAUCGAAUCGGCCACCGCAAAUGUCUAGACCAACACGGCCGCGCGUGGUGUCCAUGCAAGAUACAUACCCGACGCCGUUAGCUAGCCACGGCGCAGGACCUCGCAUUGAUACUGGUCAAAGGAUCGCAUUUCCCUUUCCUGACCCAAAUUACUAUCGGUCUACAUCUUAUCGGAAUGAAAUGCAGUCUGGCGAAAGACCAACUCACCAUCAUAGUAACAGCGAUCUUGCAUCCCCUUCCAGUGCCUCGACGCUACAACCCCCACAACCAUUACAUCAUCGGAACACUUCGGUCACUUCAUUUGCAUCCUCCUUCAACGGAUACAGUGAAGACGGUCAUUUUGGUUCAGAUUAUCAUGAAGCAGAUUAUCAAGAAGUCGAUAACGAUUCAGUACGCGCCUUGACCGAUCAACAGCUAGCAUCUGAAGAAGGUUUACGUCGCUUUCAAGCAGGAGAAUUAUCUGAAAAGGACCAAGAAUGGCAUCGCUUAGUCCCUGAGGAGGCCAGAGAUGCUUUAGGGAAGCAAGAAGUUCAAAGGCAGUCAGUCAUCUUUGAAGUUAUCAAAUCGGAAAGAGAUUAUGUCGCCGACCUCGAGGCAGUCGAAGCGGUUUAUGUUGAAGGCUUGCGCAUGGCGAAGCCUCCAAUAAUAUCAUCGUCCCGCUUGGGGAUUUUUAUCAAUGAAGUGUUCCAAAAUCUGCGAAUUAUCUUAUCCUAUCAUCAACGUAUUCUUGCUGCCCUUUUUGCACGGCAACGAGAGCAACAUCCUCUGAUCCAAUCAGUAGCGGAUAUCAUAUUGGACACUGCCCUUGGGGAUGACUUCCGUUCAAACUACGAAACGUACAUCAAGCAAUACCCACUAGCUGAAUCUCGCCAUCGAAAACAAAUGAAAUCUAACCGUGCAUACGAGACGUUUAUCCAAUCUGUUUCGAAUGACCCUAGAAUACGCAAACGAGAUCUGAUCACUUUCCUAUCGCGUCCUGUUACCAAACUUCCACGACUUAACCUACUUCUUGAACAACUUUUGAAAUUAACUGACGCCGAAUAUGACCACCCUGAUCUGCAAACGUUGCCAAUUAUUCUUGGAAUUUUAAAAGAUUGUAUCAAGAGCACCCAACCUGGAAUUGAAGCUGCGGAGAGCAAGGUCAAAUUCUGGGGUCUUUGCGAAAGUUUAGUGUUCCAAAAGGGUGAAAUCAUUGAUAUGGAUCUUUAUGAUGGAAGUCGCACUCUUGUAUAUCUAGGGCCUGUCAUGCGUCGCAGCCGAACCGAGACAAGUUUUUCUGACAAAUGGGUAGAGUUGACUGCUGCAUUGCUUGACAAUUAUUUUCUUCUUACUCGGGAAGAAAAGCGUGCUAAUGGCACUGUUAGACGUUUGCUCAUGUCAAGGCCAUUACCGCUUUCUUUCCUUCGGCUUGGAGCAUUCAAUACACCACCCGAGCCACGUCGCGAGAAAGCAGAGGACGGUGGCUUGUUGGAUAGAUAUCGCAAUGUCCCAAUGUAUCCGUUCACAAUAUACCACGCUGCAAGUCGCUCUACGCGGCGGUAUACCUUAUAUACUGCGAGUGAUGCUUUGCGGAAGAAAUGGUACAAUUCGUUCGUUGAUACAAUCGGAGUGCACAAGGUCCGCCAGGAGGCGAAUAUGUGGUUCAAUCCGCAAACCCUCACAGAUGGAUAUUUUAGAUCUGUGGGCAGGGAUUUCACCCCGGUCAAUGGAAUGAACAUCACGGGAAGAAUACAAUGCGCCGUUCCCUUUUUUAAUGGUUCUAGACGUUUUCUUGCAGUUGGGUGCGGCCCAGGAGUUUAUGUUGCUCCUGUCAAGACAGAAAAAUAUCGUCUGGCCGUCUCUGUUAGGACACCAAACACCUUGGCUGCUUUCAUCACGUGGGGUGACAAAAUUUUCAACCGACUUGUCGUCCAAGUUGACUCUUCAUUGACGUCUUACUCACUGGAUAUUCUUGCCCGCUUUGCUGAUGGCCAAACGGAUUCCACUGCCGUGGAUGCCUCUAAGGAACGUAUUGCCGGUAAUGAUUCACACAUUGUCUUCUUCAGACACGUACACCUGGGAGGCAGGGCAUUGUUGAUUUAUUGUUCGAAACGAAGGCUAGCGUCAUCAAUGACUUUGCAAGUACUGGAAGCCCUAGAUGUCAAGGACCUAUCUAUAGUUCCCCGAAGGUCUAUUGCAUCGAAUAUGCAUUGCUUUAGACCAUAUGGCGAACCGGGCUAUAUACCCAAGGAUGCGUAUGACAUUGUGGCUUUAUCGAAAACAGUUGGAGUCUGCACAAAUGAUGGAAUCGUUACAUUAGAUCCGACGAACAUUGUUCAAUCUGCUGUAAAUAUUAUCCCAGACCUCAAGGACGGACUUACCAAUGAACCUAUGGCGCUGCUGAAAGCACGUCUCGAAGGCAAACGACCACUAGGAUUUGUGAAGGUUGACCAAAAUGAAUUAUUAGUGAUUUAUGAUGGUAACAGCAAACACUAUUCAUCACUUGGAAAAUGUGCUCAUCUGUCCCCGUUCCUGUUAGAAAUGGGGUGCUACAUCAAUAAACACGGUGUUCCUGUCCGUCGCAGUGGAUUCAUCAAAUGGGAGAUCAAAGCUGUAUCAUAUGCCUAUCGUAACGGGCAUAUUUUGCUUGUCUCUCCCGAGUUUAUAGAGAUACGAAAUGCUGGCACAGGUCGGAUAGUGCAGGUCAUCGAAGGGCAGGACAUCAGAUUGCUUUAUUCGGGACCAUAUUCCACGAAAGAUGAUCCAGUGCUUGUUGUAAUGCGGGGAAAAAAGGACGACAAAGAAGGCGUCAGCGAACGAAUUGCAGAACUGGUGCAGACAGAAGAAAUUAGCGUGAUGACGCCGGCAGUGACAACUCCAUCGGCAUCUGUGUGGGAUGAAUGGGACAUGUAA